AUGAGAAAUGUAAUUUUGUUAUUAAAUUUAUUACAAACAUGGGGUCAACUAAUAAAUCGUGCCCCACAUUUUGUACCUGGAAUUGGCGAUAUGUCCAAAUUUAGUUUAAAAGAAAAUACACCAGUUGGGACACCUGUAUAUCAAUUAAAAGGUAUGGAUCCUGAAAAUAGUCAAUUACAUUAUUCUAUCAGUGGUCAACAAUUUAUCGUGGAUCGUUAUACUGGUGUUGUCACAUUAAAACAACCCCUUGAUCGUGAACAACAAGAUUUAAUUGAAGUAAUUAUAUCGAUUACGGAUGAGGGUAUUGCAGGCUCAGAACCUAAUACUGUUAGUUUACGACGUGAAAUAACGAUUUUGGAUGAAAAUGAUAAUCCACCGGUGUUUCACAAUCGUCCAUAUCAUGCAAAUAUUAGUGAAGAUGCAAUUGUUGGUUCUACAGUGAUUACAGAUUCAGAAAUAAUUGUUACUGAUGAUGAUGAAGGAUUAAAUGCGGAUAUUACAAUCUCUUGUUAUCAAAGUAAUGAUGUACAAACAGAUAGUGAAAUUUGUAGUACUUUCCGAAUUUAUACCGAAAAGAUUCCCGAGGGCUAUAAAGCUCAAAUAACAUUAUCACGCCCAUUGGAUUAUGAAACUCGUUCAACGUACUUGUUAACCCUUAUGGCAAUGGAUAGCGGAAGUAAGCCUUUAAAAACAUUUGCAAAUCUUGUCAUUGACGUGAUAGAUGUUCAAGACCAACCACCAAUAUUUCUGAAUGCACCAUAUAGUGCAACGAUUCCUGAAAACACAGCAGAGGGCACAUCUAUAUUAAAUAUUCGCGCUAAAGAUGGUGAUAUUGGAAAUCCACGACCUUUGCUUCUAACUAUCGAAGAUGAUAAAUUAGGAUAUUUUACAUUGGAAAGUACUCCACAAUCCGCGUAUAGUUCUGAUUUGGAGUAUUAUGGUGUGUUAAAAACUUCUGAUCAAUUAUUAGACCGUGAACAUCCAGAUAUUUUACAGAAUGGUGGCAUUUAUACUUUUACGAUCAAAGCAACUGAGCUCAUAAAUAAUGAAUUGCCUGCUGAUUUUACAACAACGCAAAUUACAAUUGUCAUUACCGAUGUGGAUGAUCAAAUUCCAACAUUCAAUCAGGAUUUUUAUGAGAUAAAUGUCUCCGAGGAUAUUUCGAACGAUACUCCAUUACCAGGAUUAAACAUGUAUGUUAUUGACGAAGAUAUUGGAGUUAAUAGUCGUUACACAUUGGAAUUAAGAAAUUUAAAUUCAUCCAAUUCCAAUUUAUUUGAUAUUGCACCAAAGUUUGGCGAAGGGCGCACUCCAAUUGUAAUAAAAGUUACAGACUCAUCGCUGUUAGAUUAUGACGUAGAUGAUAUUUCGCUAAGAACAUACCAAUUUGAAGUAGUUGCAUUAGUAAAUGGAACUAGUAUGUCGUCUGCAACGGUUAUCGUUCAUUUAACUGAUGCAAACGACAACGCUCCCGUAUUCGAACAGAAUUCCUAUCGAUUACAUGUUGCAGAAAAUUCUGUACAAGGCUUAAAAAUAUCGGAUAUCACAGCUACGGACAAAGAUAGUGGUGAUUAUGGAAAAAUUGCAUAUUUUUUACGUGGAUUUGGAUCGAAAAAAUUUAGUACAAAUGAAAAAACUGGUGGAAUUUAUGUAAAAGAGCUCUUGGAUUACGAGCAACAAAAAAGCUAUUCUUUAACAUUAGAAGCAAUCGAUGGUGGGGGUAAAGUUAGCUCGGUGAAUAUAUUUAUUGAAAUUGAUGAUAUUAACGAUAAUGCUCCAAUUUUUGAGCAACGUGAAUAUCAAAGGACCAUUCGUGAAGGUGCUACUAGUUUCGAGCCUCAAUUAUUUGUACGUGCUAAUGAUGUUGACGGACCAGAUCAAGGCGGUGGUAAAAUAUUCUAUUCGAUUGUUUCUACAAAUAGUAUUUCGGAAAACUUAAAUGAAAGUAAUGUUUUUUCUAUUGACUCAAAUACUGGGGAGAUUAAAAUUGAACGUCCCGUACAUUCUAUGGAUACACCUAGAGGACAAUAUGAUUUAAUUGUGCGAGCAACCGAUGGAGGUGUACCGCCGAUGUCAAAUGACACCCGUGUAGCAAUUCGUGUUGGUAUUGCUGGAAAUCAAAGGCCAAUAUUUAAAGGAAACUACAAUCCACUGAAUAUCCCUCUAUUACCUGGCACAGGUUUAAUGCAUUAUAAAGCAACGAUUAAAGAAACAGCGGGUCCAAAUACAAAUGUAACUACUGUUCAAGCUACCGAUCCAGAUGGUUUGGAUAAUUUAUUAAAUUAUUUUAUAGCUGGUGGACAUAAAGAUAAUUUCGUAAUAGAUUCUAAAUCUGGAUUAAUUACAACUUCAUCAUAUUCGAAUUUAGAUUUGGAAACAAAUCCGAAAUUAUAUAAUGUUAUUGUUUAUGCUGUGGAUAAUGGUUUACCCGUCCACGAAACCGCUACAUCCACGGUGUUUAUUAAUGUCAGUGAUGUAAAUAAUAAGCCUCCAAUGUUUAAUGCUACUAACACAACCGCAUAUGUUUCUGAGAGAGCUCCCAUGAAUUCCUUUGUGAUUAAUAUUCGUGCAUUUGAUCCCGAUGAAAGUGCGGAAUUAAAAUACUCAAUUGUUGAACCCAUUAAGGCGAAAGAUAAGACUGGUGUGGCUGCUAAAAUGUCUUCAAAAUACGAUUAUAAGCAUGCGUUUAAAAUCAAUGAAAACGGAGACAUUUUAGUGAAUAAUAGUCUAAGCUACAAUAGUGCGGCUGUAAUAAUUUUAACAAUUCGGGCAGAAGACUUAAAUGCUGAAAUUGAUCCAGAAAAACAAGUGGCAUAUACUGAAGUUACAAUAUUUAUUCAAGCGUACUCCGAUAAUAAUCCAUAUUUUGUGAUAAACGCGAAUAAAUAUGAAAAAAAUGCUCCAAUUCAACAAACUAAUUACGAUCCAACAACGCAAACAGUUCAUUUGCACAUUCUGGAAGAGCAGCCUAUUGGAUAUAAAAUAUUAAAUUUGGAAGCCAUAGAUCCAUUAACGGAAGAAAAUGUGUCUACUUUUCAACUAAUACAUUCGGGGACGGAUUUGUUUACAGUCUUGCAAAAUGGAGAAAUUAUUUUGACGAAACGUUUGGAUUAUGAGGCGCUGGAUGAGAAAUUAUUAUAUCUAGUCGUAAAAGCGAUUUCAGUCGAUAACCAACGUAGCUCUGAAUUGAAAAUUUAUAUACAUGUCAAAGAUAUUAAUGACAAUGCACCGAUUUUUGAACAGAAACAAUAUAAAGUAAGUGUACGUGAAUCGUCAAGGUAUCCAGAACAAAUUUUGCAAGUAGCUGCUACAGAUUUAGAUGACCCAAACGAUGAUUCUGGUUAUGGAACUAUUAAAUACUCAUUGAGUGGAGAAAAUAGUAAUUAUUUUGUUAUUGAUUCGCGUACUGGAAUUAUUCAGCUCUCACCAAAUUUAACAUUAGAUAGAGAACGGCAAUCUGUUCUACGAUUUACUGUAAUUGCAUCAGACUCACCAAGGGAUAGACCUAGUGAAGCUCAACGCACUACAGCCGAAAUCAUUGUAGAUGUUUUGGAUGUAAAUGAUAACGCUCCUCAAUUUACAAUGAAAUCCUACAUUGCAGUCGCUGCCGAAAAUGUUAUUGUUGGCACAAGCGUAAUUAAUUUAACUGCUACGGAUCCAGAUGAAGGCUUGGGUGGGGAAGUUUUCUACGAAAUUUUAGAUGAGCAUGAAGUCAAAGGAUUGUUCCAAAUUGAUAGUCGAACGGGAGAGCUAACCACAAAAAAUGCUUUAACUGGCAAAGGACGUACUGAGCCCUAUUUAAUGACCAUACGGGCACAAGAUGAAGGUGGUCUGUACACUGAUACUGAUUUAACUUUGUAUAUUGGGGAUAUUAGCUCCAACGAUGGUGUUCCUACAUUUAUACGCCCCACAAACGAUCAGAUUGCCUACAUUAGUGAGAAUUCAACAAUAGGAUCGCCAGUAUUUCAAGUGGUUGCAACCGAUCCGGAUGAUCCUUCUUUACCAUCUGGAAAGCUAGAAUACAAACUUUUAAAUGAUGGUGUUGACUAUUUGGCAUUUAAAAUUGAUCCAAACUCUGGAUUAAUUACAACUCGGGUAUUAUUAGAUCGCGAAAAAAAGGAAUUUUAUUCUUUGGUAUUGGUAGUUCAAGAUAAAGGAGAUCCACCUCAACAAACAACACGUGUCUUACAAGUCCAAGUUACUGACGUUGAUGAUCAUAAGCCUCAUUUCAUUCGUGGAAUCGAUGACACACCCUUAACGUUUUCAAUUGAAGAAGAGGUAGCAAAUGAGACAAUAGUUGGAACCAUAAUAGCAGAAGAUCAAGAUAUUGGAGAAAAUGGCGAAAUCGAUUACAUUAUUAUAUCUGGUAAUGAACAUGAAUGGUUUGGAAUUGAGCGUACCAAUGAUAGUAAAGGAAUAAUUCGAACAAUUCGACGAAUUGAUCGUGAGGAACAUGCACAAUUUUUAUUAACGAUUAAGUGUUUUAAAGCCUCAACUCGUCAAUCUCAAACUACUCGUAAGCUGUAUAAUCGAUUGGAUCCAUCUGAAAUUCAAGUUCUUAUAAAAGUAAUCGAUAUCGAUGAUAAUCGUCCAAUGUUUGUAAAAGAUAAUGUAACAAUAGGUGUACGAUUGAAUGUACCAGUUGAUACGUCAAUUUUAAAUUUGGAAGCAAAUGAUAUUGAUCCAGAUGCGUUACCAAUUCAGUAUGAUAUUCUAAUGGCUAAUUUUACUCCAUUAAUUGAUUUUGGCGACAAAUUGAACGCAAGCGAUGUAUUCAGGUUGGAUGAAAAUACUGGUGAUUUACGUACUGUCAAAAGUUUAGUGAAUUAUGUUGAUGGCGUUUUUACAUUGAUUGUUCGAGCAAACAAUUCUAUUUUGGUAGAUCACUAUACGAAUACAACAGUACAGAUAUAUAUUGUACGAGACAGAGAUAUGUUAAAGUUUAUUUUUAUAAAGCCACCUGCAGAAGUUCGUAAAACUCUUCGUAAAUUUGAAAUGGAUGUUCAAAAUGUUUUAGAAGAUCCACAAAUUAAAUUACAUGUAUACGAUACACAAUUCAACUUAAAGCGUGAUAACAGUUUAGAUUUUAGUAGUACAAGUUCGUGUUUCCAACUAAUUGGACCAACACCAAUGUCAACCAAUGAAAUGAUGAAUAUACUAAACAAUGAAAAAAUUAAAGAUAAAUUAGAUACAGUUUAUCGAGACUAUAAUAUUGUUAAAGUAGAUACGUGUUCUCAAAAAAGUUUACUACGAACCGAGGCGACACGUGUCCAACUUUGGGUAUUAAUUAUUGCUACAUUUAUUGGCAUUGCAGCAUUUAUAGCAAGUUGUACAUUAUGUUGCUUGCAUCGAAGGUAUAAACUUGCCGUAAAACGAUCAUUUAUUAAAAAGGAACAAUUAAAUACAGCAAGAAUGUAUCCAAGUACCGCAACAAUUUAUGCAAACUAAACAAAAUUGAAAUUGUGAUUUUUAAUUUGA